AUGGCAGCUACUGCAUCCGAAUGUGUUUCCAUCGAAUCGACUUACGUAUAUUUCGGGACAUUGAAACUUCGAGUAGUAAAACCUACUGUUGUGCAUAUAAAUCAUAUCAUUAUUAAUGUGUACGAUGUAAAUAAUGCGCAGAGACUUUCCAUACAGAUAGCCUCCAAACAUAUCUGUAAAGCAUUGCUUUGUCAAAGUGGCCAACACAAAGCAGUAGCUUUUUUGGUAAACCGAUUCUGUGCUAGCAAAAUUCGAGAAACCCUGCAUAUCUCAGCAAUGCCAGAAGCAACGAUCGGAAAGAGUGCUCCUUACUUUGAUUCAGAAAGUGCACGCGUUUGCCAGAGAUAUAUAUUGGUUGAUAUAACAAGAUGCACUAAGGACGACAUGGAUUUAUUAAAGCGGGUUUUGCGUUUAGUAGAAGAAACCAGAUUGCUUUUCAAAGCUCAAAGCAUUGCACAGGGAGUAGUUAUAAAUACAUCAACAGGAAACUUUUUUGGAGACAUGGAUGAAAAUGAUUUCGUUACUCUGAUGCGAGAUAUUGGAUUGAAUGUGAGACAGAUGUCGGGAACUAUACCGAAUCUGGCAUCACGCCUGAUUGAUAAUAAUACAUCUAAUGCAGCCUCUAGAGAUACCCCUUCACAACCAUCACAAGUGUUCCUUCACAAACAACCCCAUGCAUAUGUCAAUAAUCGAUGGCCGCUAUCAACUGUUCGCUCACAGGAAAUUAUCAAAUCACCAGAUGUUCAGCUCAGAGACAUCACAUACCAUCAGUCCAAUCCAACAUGUGUUGUGCAGAAUCGUCCAAUCACUGUUAACAUUGUGCGUGUAGUACCACCUCGGUGCAGUUCAUCAUCAUUAGGUUCCUCUCCUGAUAUGCCCGUGUCUCACAGUCGUAAUUCUGUCAUAGCUCAGCCGGUAACGAUGCCAAAAAGUGCACGCAUUGUCGGCCGAUCCCCAACCAAAAAGGUCUCAGUUUUGACACAUACGAGUAUAGAGUCACAAAUGAUCAAGCAGGAGUUGAAUGUUUCUGAACUGUCAUUAAGUAGUGCAUCAAACGAACCGUCAACCUCACGUUAUCGGGUGCCAUCGGAAGCGAAAAUGUUGAAUCAAGGAUCUAAACGAGUAGUACAUGUUAUUGAUGAUGACGACGAUGAAGGUGGUCCCUUGAAACUUGCAAAGGGACCAAAAUUGGAUUUGUUAUUAAAUUAUCCUCGUGAUCAGCCAACCAUAUCAAUUCACUACGCUGAUGUAGAGUAUUUGAGGCCGAACGAAAUGUUAAACGAUACAAUCAUAGAAUUUUACUUGAAAUAUAUACAGAUGGAAUUAGUACCAUCGGAGAGGCGUCCAUCCAUUUUUAUAUUCAACUCUUUUUUCUAUUCUCGGUUAACACAAAUGCCGCCUGCUGGUUCUAGUGUAAUUCGCACCAUUUCUUCCCGCGCAAAAUGGAUUGCCGAAAAUUAUAAAGGAGUGCGAACAUGGACUAAAAAUGUGGACAUCUUUAGUGCUGAUUAUAUUGUUGUUCCCAUUGUUGAAGAUAUUCAUUGGUACUUAGCUAUAAUCACUUUCCCUCGGUACUCUAUUGUAAAUCGUGUACCAGAAACGACGAAUUGCAAGAAUGAUGCCUUACCAAAAAGAUUAAGGAAAACGUGUAUUAUUUUACUGGAUUCAUUGGCCGAUGCUACGGAUAUGAAGAGGAAAUUAACGGUUCCUGUUCUAAGGGAAUAUCUUGUUUGUGAAUAUGAAGAUAAAAGGAAAUUGAAGGACGGAGAUACAAAGUACUUUGCAAAAGAAUUAAUUGAAAAGAUUGUGCCGUUUCCUAUUCCUCAGCAAAGGAAUUAUACAGAUUGUGGACUAUUUCUUUUGAAAUUUGCCGAAUGUUUCUUGUUGAAACCACCGUCAUUUAUAACUCGAAAUGACUCAUUUCGACGAUGGUAUCCAAAUUUUACAAUCAGAGGCAUGAGGAGGGCUAUUCUUAUGAAGUUAAAAUCAGCAUGUGAUAAAGAAGCAUGGCAAACAUAUGAAGAAUAUUCUAGAAAUCGCGAUGUAAACAAAAAAUCGGUUGAAGAUAUCCUCCCCAAGCAAUCAGCCCAUAGUCGUUCAUCAUCGCCGAUGUCGCGUCGGCGAACACUAAGCACUGGAGAUUGUGAUGUAGAUUGCAAUGGACAUUUUGGUCGCAGACGAUCACUUCCUGCUCGUCUUUCUUAUUGA